GGAAACUACACGCGAAAUUUCAAACAAUGACGUUACUUUCUCUAAAAUCAAACAGUGUGAGUAGUCUAAUGACAUACAAGAUCUCGUAGUGUCUAUGUAUAUCAAAAACUAGAGCUGUCACACAUAUAUAUCUUACUUGUACAUUCAUAUAUUAUCUAUGGACUGCAACUUGUUGAUUAAGCCUACGGUCUAUUUAUUAUUAGCUUAAGUGGAUUAUUUUCAUCCUACUACUUUUACGAUUCAACUUUGUUUUGAAGAUUUCUUCUUUCGAUGCUUCAUAAUAAAUCUGAGUCAUCUACACUUAUCAGAAAUUUUCGAAAUCUUGGUGAACCUGUUUACGUAAAUGUUUAUCAUUUGCAUUGGCCUAAUGGUUUAAAAAUGGGUGCUUAUCAUACUGGAACCGUAGUAUACGAUAAAGAAUUCGGUUUUGGUGGACAUCCAUUUGCAAGUAGUGGUAUUUUCCAGACUACACCAAUGGAUAUUGAUAGUUUAGGUGAAGAAAUCUCAUUCAAAGAAAGAUUGUAUAUGGGUCGGACGUAUUUAUCGAAAAAAGCUGUAGAGCGUUUGCUUGAAAGUUUAGCUGAUGAAUUCCGUGGAGACGCUUACCAUUUAUUAAAUUUCAAUUGCAAUCAUUUCACGUCACAAUUUGUUGAUCUUUUAUGUCAUGGAGUAUUGCCUAAAUGGAUUAAUCGAUUAGCUCGUAUUGUAUCUGGAUUACCAUUUAUUGAAACAUUUCUACCACCUCAUUGGGUUCGACCAAGUUUAAUAUAUGACUGUGAAUUCGAUGAGUUAAGUAAUUGUGACGAAGAGGAAGAACAAGCAGAAGACGAUAUUAACCAGAAUAAUCAAACUUUACAAUUAAUCAAUGGAACUACUAAUGAUAAAGAUAAUUGUAAUAAUACAGCCUGUUACAAAAACGAAGAUAAGGAUCUCUGUAUGAUGAAGUCAUUUACUGAGAAACCACAUUUUCAAUUUGUUCAUUCUACAUCUACAAGUAAUGGUCAUGUUCCGUAUGGAACUGCUAGUAAUUUAAUGAAUAAUGAUAAAAAUUCUUUUAAUCAUUCAGAUAAUCAUCAUGACUCUUCCUUAUGUCAAAUAAGAAUGGUUUAAUUUUUUUUAAAAAAAAAACGGAUAAGAAAACUUACUUCUUUCCUUUAUAUUUCAUUGCUCAAUUAAUGUAUAGAAAAAAAAAGAAUAAACAAACAAACUGUAUUAUUGUGUACAGAUUGGUAAGAUGCCUUUUUAAGUUCAUCAUCACAAAAAAGAGAAUGAGUGUAAUUAUUUUCUCAACAGUUUUACAUGGCAAUAUCAAAAACAAACUGAGUAUACAUUCCAACUUGUGUUCUUUUCAUAUGAACAAAUACAGUCAUGAACUUCAUCAGUCAACAGAAACUAUAAAUUUGUGUACUAUAAACAAAAGCAAUUCAUCAUUCUGAUCUCUAUCACAUAUAUAUUCUCCCUUUUUGAUUGACAGUCUUUCAAAGGUUCUUUGUUGUUUACUUACAUAUUGUUGUCUUGUUAAAUCAUUUCUUCAUUAAUGUGAAUUUAUUUUUUAUCUGUUGAUUGGGCUAUUUACUUUCAUAUUUAUUUAUUUAUUUUGUAUUGUUUUCCGCUUAAAUAGUUCAAUACUCAAUUGUAUUUGAAUUUCUUUUCGAUAAAAUAGGUUGGUCGUGAUCACUGGUUUUACUGUUGACAAAUCUGUCAAUGUUUAUAUUCUAUGUGUAUUAUUGCAUAGUUUUUUUUUGUCAUUUCAGAAAUAAGUUUCCAAAACAGAUUAGUUAAUAGUUUGAUUGGCCUAUAAAACUUAUUUUUGUUCAA